CAUCAGCAGUUUGCACCGUUCCGCAAUGAAACGAUUUUCCAUAUUCGUCGCCUUGGCCACCAUAUUGGUGGUGCUCCACGAUGGGGCAGAAGCCAGAACCUUUAGCGAGUGUCAACUUGCGAAGCUACUGCGCACCACGUACCACUUCGACCGGGUAAAGGUAAACAAUUUCGUCUGUCUGGCAGCGGCCGAAAGUUCGCUGUCUACCACCAAAACCCACCGGAAUCGGAACGGAUCGACCGACUACGGGCUGUUCCAGAUCAACAACAGGUACUGGUGUAGCACUCCUGGCUAUAGGUCAGCAUCCAAUGUGUGUCAGGUGGCCUGCUCGGAUCUGAUGAAGGACGAUAUCACUAAGGCGGUCAACUGUGCCAAUAAGGUAUACGCUCGCCAUGGUUAUAACGCCUGGGAAGGGUGGAAAGCCAAGUGCAAGAACGGCGUGAAGGACCUCUCUUACUGUAUGUGAAUGUUGGCUGAGCAUUUUUGAUCCGGAAGGAUACAAAAAAACUGAUUGUUCAAAUUUUUAUUGUUUCUAAAUUACAUUGGCUUGGUUCAUCAAACCUACAAUUAAAAAAGAUAAGCGUUGAAGAUAUGCUACGAUUGUUGUUUGAUUAUCGUUGAUAUCAAAACACAAACGAUAGGAAUGAAGAAAAGAAAUACAUUUUGUCUUUUCAACAUGUA